UCUUGGUGGCGCUAUUCACUGUGGGAUGUAAACAUUGCAUGUUGAACUGUUGUGUUGAAGUUGCGUACACGUGGAAUGAGUACGCCUCCUGCCCAAACGCAACAUUCGACGACGGCAAAGUUUUAGUACAACACGUCCAUGUGGUAAUAUGGAUAAGUGUGAUCUGAAGUUUACUCCCCCAGUAUGUGUGCAACGGUACAUUGCAAUGAAAAACAUGGUCAAGAAAUUACAACCCCAAAAGGUUCUUGACAUGGGUUGCGGGGAGUGCAGCUUGCUGAGGCAGCUCAAGCAGGAGCAGUGUCUGGAACAGCUCACUGGAGUCGAUAUUGACGCAGACAUCCUACAAUCUCACAAAUACCUUGCCAAACCUCUCAUGUGCGAGUACCUGCAUCCCCGCUCCCAUCCGUUUACUGUCAGCCUGUACGAAGGAUCCAUCAGCAAGAAGGACCACAGGAUGCUGGGAUAUGACCUAGCCCUCUGCGUAGAAAUUGUUGAGCAUUUGUAUCCAGACACCUUAGCUGCACUCCCGGAGGUCUUGUUCGGAUACAUGCGGCCGCGGACCGUAGUCUUUACCACACCCAACGCUGACUUCAACGUCCUGUUUCCAGAUUUUCAAGGUUUCCGACAUCCAGAUCACAAGUUUGAAUGGAGCAGGGAGGAAUUCCAGUCAUGGGGCAAUAAAGUUGCCAGUGACUAUGGUUACACUGUGACCUAUGAGGGCAUUGGGGCCGGACCCCCAGGCACGGAGCACCUAGGCUGCUGUACACAGAUGGCGGUCUUUACUUGCAUGGCAUCACCACAAGAGGGCAGCAGACAGCUUGACUGCAGUAGCCCUCAAACACCAUAUAACCUGGUCUGUGAAGUCAAAUACCCACACCGUGUGAUCACCACGACAACUGAAGAGCAAAUCUUGAAUGAGGCCAUGUUCUACCUCAAGAGGUUUUGGCACACUGCUGGGCAGAGUUACUCGGAGAGAGAGGAGGAUGGUGAAGAUCAUGUGACCAGGACAGGUGAUGCAGGAACGACAGAGGAUAUUGAGGGGGCUGAGGAGCAGGAGAAUGGUACAGAUCAUGUGACAAGGUCAGGUGAUGCAGGAACAACACAGAAGGUUGAGGAGCAGGAGGACAGUACAGAUCAUGUGACUAGGUCAGGUGAUGCAGGAACAACCCAGAAGGUUGAGGAGCAGGAGGACAGUACAGAUCAUGUGACUAGGUCAGGUGAUGCAGGAACGACAGAGGAGGUUGAGGAGGCAGAGGAGCAGGACAGUACAGAUCAUGUGACUAGGUCAGGUGAUGCAGGAACAAUACAGAAGGUUGAGGAGCAGGACAGUACAGAUCAUGUGACUAGGUCAGGUGAUUCAGGAAGGACACAGGAGGUUGAGGAGGCAGAGGAGCAGGACAGUAUAAAUCAUGUGAUUAGGUCAGGUGAUGUAGGAACGGCAGAGGAGGUUGAGGAGGCAGAGGAGCAGGACAGUACAGAUCAUGUGACUAGGUCAGGUGAUACAAGAAGGACAGAGAAGGUUGAGGAGGCAGAGGAGCAGGACAGUACAGAUCAUGUGACUAGGUCAGGUGAUUCAGGAGCGACAGAGGAGGUUGAGGAGGCAGAGGCACAGGACAGUAUAAAUCAUGUGACUAGGUCAGGUGAUGCAGGAACGGCAGAGGAGCAGGAGGAGCUGGAGAGGAGGACAUUAUCCGUUUCCUUGGAGACACUGAUGAAACUUUCUGCCCUGAGGAGAGUCUGCCCCAGCAUGGAGAAACUCAGGGAAGUUCUUGCCUCUUGCGAUUCUUUUUCCAUCUCUGAUGACGGGAAAUCUGUCCUGUACUCCAUGGAAGAAAGUUCAUCCGACAGCGACAACCAAUCAGAUGAUAGCAAUACAAGCGAGGACGAAGGCCAGGACAAUGAAAGAUUGGACUCAAAUAAGAACGAUGCAUUGUCAUGGCAACAGGAAGAAGAAAGUUGGGACUGGUGACAAACCACAGAGCUAGGUUAAUUAGCCUGAUUAACGAAUUGGAAUGAAGUUACCCUUUCAGUUUUUGUUCCUCAUGCACCAGAGAACCAUCCAUACCAAAUUUCAUGACUUUUGAGGUAUUGUUUAAGUUGCAACUACAAACAUGUCUGGUCAAUAAUUAUUUACACACUGGAUUGCUAAAGGAGGGGACUAAACUAAAUACUUGCAACAGUGAACUUGGAGCGUGCACGGCAGAAACAAUAUAGCCCCUGUGGGUUGUGAAUGAGCCAUUUUUGAGUCUUUCUACAGUUCGCAUUUCCCUCCAGGUUUAUUAUUCACAAUAUUUGUUAUUUUAAAGUCUCAUGCGUAAUAUCUGUCAGUUGUAAAAAGCCUUCUUUUUUUUAAAUGAAAAUAAUUUGAACUUUUAAGUUUCAUGUGGGUGACUUGCCUUGGAGAGAACUUUGACGUGAAGUAAUGACAACUCUAAAUACGGUGCCAAAAACUCUUGCCAUUGUACCUUUGAGGUAUUUUGUAAGUUGAAACUAAAGCCAAGUCUAGUCAAUAACAAUGUCAAAAUAACACAUUAGUCCGUAGUUCUCUUUUGUUCAUGUAACAAUAUUUAUUUUUAUUCAACGUUUCCAUAUUUGACUGUAUUUACAACCUAAAUUGCUGACCACUAUUUCCCGUUGUACCUGGCCAAACGCUUCAGCGUCGGCCGAGAGUACUAAUAAUUAAAUACAGUGAAAAUAAUUACAGAAUUAUAUUAAAUUAAUCAUCAAGUUUAGUUAUAA